GGUGCUUCUCCACUCCAGUACAGUAGGCUGCGGUCUGUAUCUGUAUCUGUAUCCGCAACCGGCUGUAAACACACUGAAGAAGCGACAGCAGGAGAAACACAGACUAAGGAGGCGGUUGUUUAAGUGUUUAAUGUUUGAAUAGUUUAUUAAAUCCUGCACUUUAUUUAUUCCUGUACAGCAGAAACUGCUGAACACUAACAGAUGGAGCCUUCCAGUCGAAAAGACAAAACGAAACAGAAAGAGACUCCAACACGAGGGGACAGAGCCAAACAGAAAUCUGCUCAGCAGGAGCUGAAGCAAAGACAAAGAGCUGAGAUCUACGCUCUGAACAAAGUAAUGACAGAACUGGAACAGCAGCAGUUUGAGGCCUACUGCAAGCAGAUGCAAACGCAAUCAGAAUGAAGAAACCAUGUUCAGACUCCUAUGAAAAACAAGCACACCUUUGGUUGUUACCAUAAACACAUGGUGUACACAGAAGCUGGAUUUACUAAGCAGCUCAGAGCCCUCGGAGGCUGGGAUUGUAUUUGUUGUUAAAUACCCAUACGCAAGACAGGUUUGGCAUCCUUCGAGUGUUCAUUUGAUGUAGACUGUGUACCAAUCCUUAGAGGUAAACGUGAUGUGUGCGUUUACGGCGAUGACCGCAGGAUAUCAGCAGGAUAAACCAGAGACUGAACUACACUAUAUCCCUCCAUUAAUAAUUUAGUGUUUUCGACAAACCCAUUGCUAACAGGUGUGUACAGUCAAUUAUAUAAAAGUUUGGGGAAGCCCCCUUUUAAUUCACGUUCAGUGUUUAUAUUAAACUUUGUUUUACCA